AUGUCGCUUAAUUGCGUCGUUUUCGAACAGGCUGCUUGGACGGAUCUUCGUUCAAAACGCGUUCGACACGAUAGUUAUCAUCGAAUCAAUAAUGAUGAGAUUUAUCAAUCAUUUUUUAUAACUCACUCAUGUUAUGAUUGCAUGCCUAAAAGUGGCAAAGUUCUAUUACUUGAUGCACGUCUAUCGAUUCGAAAAGCGUUUUUUGCGCUAGUAUUUAAUGGUGUACGAGCAGCUGUUGUAUGGCACUCGCAAACAUCGUCAUCUAUUGGUCUUGUUACAAUCAGUGAUUUUAUCAAUAUGCUUACUGCUGCUUAUGAUGCUGAAUGGAAAAGUAUUGCAGCAUUGGAAACAUCAUCAAUACUUGAAUGGAAACAUGAUUUUCUUCAGAAACGGGGAGCUAAUAAUCAAAAUAUUAGUUCCAAUAUAAUUCAACUAGGUCCACAAGAUAGUUUAUAUACAGCUAUUUUAACAUUAAUUGACCGGAAAAUACAUCGCAUACCUGUUAUUGAUCCUGCAACUCACAAUUUUUUAUUUUUAAUUACUCAUAAACGAAUAUUGAAAUAUUUAUACAUGCAUAUCUAUGAUUUACCUCAACCUCAUUUUAUUCAUCAAACAUUAGAGGAAGUUAAAAUUGGUACUUAUGAAAAAAUAGUAAUGAUUGAUUUAAAAACAAAAUUAAUUGAAGUUCUUCGCAUAUUUCAAUCCAUACGUAUUUCAGCUUUACCAGUUGUUGAUAGCGAAAAAAAACUUCACGAUGUUUAUUCCAAAUUUGAUAUAAUGCAUUUAGCAGCAACACGGGCUUAUACUAAUCUUGAUGUGCCAUUGUGUGAUAUACUCGAUUCGAUACACGAUCAUAAUACUCGUCAAUUAAUAACAUGUAAAAGAACAGAUCACUUAUUUCAAUUAAUGGAUAAAUUCGUUACUCGCGAGGUGCAUCGUUUGAUAAUAGUUGAUGAUCUUCAACAUGUUAUUGGUAUUCUUUCCAUAUCCGAUCUGAUGAAAUUCCUCAUCACAACAUUCGAUAAAAUGAGUCGCACUAGUUCGACUACAUCAAAUAGUUUAGCAAAUGGCACUGGCUUUGUCUGUCAAUCAAUAGAUAGUUGA